ACUCCUCAACAAAUGACCGACUUCAAUAUUGAUCAAUACGAGAUUACGGUCACAGUCGAUGAUAGUUCCAGCGCUAAGGACGAAGACGAGGGCACGAUCAAGCCUAAGUUGUAUCCUGAUUUAAAAAAGCUAAACAAAACCACCGAAGAUAACGAUAAAACGACAGAUUGUACGAUAGUUUUAAAGCCGAGCCCGACACCGACCCAGGAAAACACAGAAACCCCAGAAAAUCCUCCUGAAAAGGCUCCAGAAAAUGCGAACUUCCGAGAAUGGCUUCUUGACAAUUUGAGCUAUCACAGAAACUAUAAUCCAGCGAAAAUUGCAUUGAUCGAAGAAAUCUCAGAAGUACGAUGUGUAACCUAUGAGGAACUUGUCGAUGGGUCCAAACGAACUGCAAACUACAUGUCACAUCACGGUGUUAAAAACGGAGAUCGAAUCUUAAUGUGCAUGGAGAACACUGUGGAGUACGUGUUGUACCAACUCGGUGGCUUCCUGCUUGGUGCGAUUCCAGUACUAAUCAAUCCAAGCCAUAUUGCUUCCGAAAAACUCAGCGACAUCGGCUGCACAACAGCUAUCGUGGAUUUUGAGCACUACGGCCACAUGCUCAGAAUUUCACAAAGUACACUUCAAAGUAUUGAGAGAGUGUUCGUUUUGGCCGAGGAUAUUGCUGCGAUUAGUCUUGCUCGGCACGUUUGGGUGAUUGAUGCUUUUGGGUUUUUAGGAUUCCCACCAAACUAUGUCUGCGACCAGUUUAUUGAAGAAUCGAAUGACAGUGUGGCAUUUAUUAUACCCGGAAGUCUGGAAAACGAUCAAUACAUCUCACAUUCACAGGAAAGUGGAUUCCACCUGUGCCACGACUACUUCGAGCAGCUAUUUGGUAUGCUAAAAAAAACUGAACAGCUUGGAUCCAAAAAUCACCUAAUCACUGACGGGCUUCACUGUCAUGACGCUUUAUCCUACCUCUACACAAUCCUUACAAAAGGCGAAAGUUGUAUACUUGCGGAGUCGACGAUGGAUGUCUGGAGAGCGUCUUUAUUAGAUCGAAUCGCUGGGAUUAUCGAGCAAUAUAAGGUUACCCUACUCUUCUCAAACUCCCAACUGCUGAAAUGUUUUAUCAAAUAUGAAGUUCACAAAAUCUACAACUUAUCAUCACUCGAAAUUGUAGCCAACCAUGGGGCUGUGGUAUCAGUGGCCACUGCCAAAAAAGUCAAGAAAAUCUUAGACGUCACCCUUAUCCAAGCAUACUCUGCCGCAGAGUUUGGUGUUGCCAGUUUUGGAGAUUUUGAUGAAACAUUGGAUAAGCAGCUCGUCAACUGUGGGCACUCAAUUGAUGAUGUCAAAAUCAAAGUAAUAGCCCAUAUGGAAACUGACAAGGAAAUGGCAAAGGGGAAGUGGGGGCAAGUUAUUUUGAGUGGGCGGCAGUUGCUCAAAGAGUACAUUGGAAAUAAGGAGCUGAACACAAGUAGGAAGUUCGGAAAGUCGUGGUUCAAAACUGGUGAUUACGGUAUGAUUGAUGAGAAUGACAGGGUACAUAUUGAAGGUGCAAUUUCUGAUCUUAUAACUGCACAAAACAAGCUGGUUUCUUCAGAGAUGAUGGAAAGUAUAAUAUGCGAGCAUAAAAUGGUCCAUGACGUGGUUGUGAUGCAAAAUGAUCAACAUGUGUGGUGUGGGGUGCUGCUGAAAAAUGAAAAUGAAACUCCAAGCGGGGAGACGUUGGAAAAGUUGUUAAAAAGUAAGAAAGUUAAAUAG